AUGUCGCAAAGUACAGAACCGUCGACUGUUAACAACCAGUCAAGCUCCGAUCACGUUUGCGGCAGCGAUUCGAAUAUCGACGAGAAGUUCCAGGCUGCACUCGAAAUAGUAGCCAGUUUGCCUGUGGAUGGCCCAGUGACCACGAGUACUGACGAAAAGCUCGCCUUCUAUUCAUUCUACAAGCAGGCUACUGUCGGUCCAUGCAAUACUCCCAAACCAAGUUUCUGGAACGUGGUUGAGAAGUUCAAAUGGUUAGUCGAAUUGUUCCAAGAAACAUUCAUGAAGGUUCACAUAAAGCUUUCUAGGGAUGCAUGGAAUAACUUGGGCCAAAUGGAUCCCAACGAGGCCAAGGCAGCUUAUGUUCUUCGGCUGUUGAAGAAGAUCAAAGAGGUCAACAAGGAAUACGACACUGGU